UAUUCAUCAACGUUGAACGUUUUGAGGCUACCGCGUUUGGCAGAUCAGCUGACUUGCAAAUUCGCCGUGUUUCUUCGAUAAGGCCGGAAUAUUGAAGCGAGAGAUGGUACAAAGGUUACCGUGAAUGUUGCCGUAAAAAGAAUUUCAUGGAACAGGAGAGGCGCAUUAAUUAAACGGGCCGUUUGUCUCUCAGCUUGUCAAGAGAUAGGUAUAUGUCUGUCAUUAAUCUUCGCCACACGGACCGUGUCUCUUUCUUUCGUCGCCACGACAUUGUUCCUUGACUGGGCUCGCGAUCUUCGUCCUUUCCGACCCGCAUGACCUCAACAAAAAGACAUAUCAGACCAAUCUCGAAGACUUUCGCCUUUCGGCCAAUGCACUUGACACCUCAUUAAAUCUAUCUAGAAUUGGUUUCAUCUCUCAGAAGGCAGGAUAGCUCGAUAGAAUUGCAACGUCUUCCUCGUGUCUAAAUCUCAUCAACAUGGCAUAUCUGACCGGGAAGAUCCUUGGUUUAGUAAUCUCUGCGAUUAAAAAUCUUCGCGAGCUCAAAGGAUGUACGACGCGAGAAAUUCUCCACUAUAUCACAUCUGUUUACAAAAUCCCGGUUGCUGUGGCACGACGUCAGAUGCAGAAUGCUUUAAAGCGCGGAAUUACUUAUGGCAUUUUGAAGAAAACCGAUGGUCAGUAUAGUUUGCCGACCGACAAUGAGAUCACACGGCAGGAGGUGGCUGCUCAGGAGAUCGGUCUGCUGGAUUUGUACUGUCAGCGAAAGAUACAUCGAUCGAGAGGUGGCAGGAUACGACGUAAUAGAGGGACUGGGCGCAGACAAAGGGUCGCCUGCAGGUGCAGCAAGAAAGAUAUGCGACGAAGGUCACGGGGAUGCGGGUCAAAGUCUUGCAGGAGGAGAAGAGGUGGAAGUAGAGGUUUUGGUAGAUGUGUUCACGACGGGACGAUGAAGCCUAAGAUCGAACCUAUUCUGAACGUCGACAAAUUGACUGAUAAGUCAACUAAAUCGAACCCGACUAUGACAAGGGCCAGCGUGAUUGACGAUAUCGAGCGAAGCAAUAGCUCAAAUAUGUCUUCCGAACAAUGGGAUCGCAGUAUAUCGUUGUCGUGUUAAUCAUGGAGAUAUUUCAGUGACAUUCGUUGGGAUUUCUAAAUGUUGUAAUAUGAUUUAAAUUUUCUAAACUACAAUCAAAUUGUUUU